AUGCUGUAUAAUCCGAUAGACUCAAGUGACGAGUCAUCUUUUGACGAAGAGGAUGAAGUUUUCAUGAAAGAAACUUCAGAUACAGUAGCAUCCGUGGUUCCUGAAAUAUUUCCCUCUUCUAUUUCAAUUGUGGCCGAAAAGCAUUGUCAAUUGCAUUAUGCACCGAUUCAUAGGUUGCCUAAAGAUAUCUUGGUUAAAUGUUUACUGUUGGUAGAAUCUAACUUGAAAGCAUUCUAUAUAAAGCAUCAAGGAUUGAGAUGGAAAUUGAAUAAACUCAAAGAAAUGCAAGAAACUGGAUUGAUCUAUGUUUGGUACACUGAUUCGAAUGGCAAGUUGAUUGGGUUCAUUUCAUUCAUGUUAUCGUAUAAUGAUCAAUACAAAGUACUUUAUCUAUACGAAAUACAUGUGGCCGCAGAGUACCAAUCGAAGAAAAUUGGGUCUCAAUUGAUAGAUAACUUACAUGAAUUGUCUCAUCAUUUGAAGGUCAUUGCAUCAAAAAAGCAUGAAUACCGACAUUUUGUUAAUAGUGGUACUAGCUUAACUGUUUUCAGUGACAACAAAGCCUUGCAGUGGUAUUACAAACUAGGGUACGAGCUAACUAUGGACUCUCCAAGAGAUAAAGUUUUGAGAAAUAAGGUUGUUAGGCCUGAAUAUUAUUUACUUAUUCGCUUCAAUGAUAGCCUUCCCAAAAAACAUACUUAA